AUGAUUGAUGAAAUCGAACAUAAAACAAUUUUACCAGAAUUUCAUCUGAAUUUACUUCGUCUGAAGAAUUUGAGAUUUUAUAUUUCAUCUUUUGCGGGUUUAAGUUCUUAUGAAGCUAUUAGUCCAGAAAUAAUGACACUAAACUCAAAAAUUGCAAUUCCUGGUAUUCCUUGGUAA